AUGGCGCAAAAUGCAAGGGUCUCUAGUAUCACAGACGACCUGAUCCGGUCACUUUUGACCUCUGAUUCAGCAAAGAACAAGCAAGCCUACAAACACGCUAAAGAGAUCGCAACACGCAACCUUCGAGGUCAUCAGUAUGCGCGUACAAAUCAAUUCGAUGUUACAGCUAGCUUUGCAGGGCUUGACGAGAAGUUUCGAGUCAAAAAUCGAGAUGACCUCGCUGAUGCGCUGCAGGUGCGGCUGCAAAAGCUCGAAGGAUAUACAAACAAAUACAAACCUGAAAUCUUAGCAUUAUUGCUUCAACUAGCCGAUCGGCCUCUUGAAAAUACGCAAAUCGAGGCACUGGACUUGCUAAGGCCACCAAGUCCACCUCCACCGUUGACGUGGGCAGAGAUUCUGGAAGAUGACCCAUAUAGCGAUGAAGAUAUCUGGAAAGACAUUGACUAUGCCGGCGACUCUUCUGAUGAGGAGAAGCCACUGAAGAAGCCUAAAAGGCGUCCAAGCUCACCACCGACGAGUUUUGAUGAAGAUGAUACCUACGACCCGGAGUCUUGCGUUACACCAACCGAUAAAGAGAUUGUGACAAAGCUAGAAGAAACCCAAUUUUGGAGUCACCCUGCGAGCAAAGAUAGUUCCGACGUAAGCAUCACGGAGUUACAGGCAGUAAAGGAGACACUAUUCAUGAUUGGUGGAUUAAAGACAAGUCUAUAUGAAAUAGACAAACAAAAGCGCUGUUUCCGCCAUAAUUCUAACUAUGUCCUCGAUCAUACUCGAUCAACCUCUGUCGACCAUCUGCUAUCCCAGCUUGCAGAAAUUGGCUCGCGAUUGCAGGGAAUGCGACAAUGGACAUUGCAACAGCGAGCUAGCAAACGCCCAUCAUCGCCUCUCGUCCAGACUUUUGACGCUUCUGUACAGAAACGACUACUCCAAUUCGACCAUUGUUUAGCAGAAAUGCAGCAACAAUAUCUACUCCCCGAGAACCCAAUCCCUGUCAGUUUGCUCCAAUUACAUAGAGACAUCCGCAAACUGUCCACGCCCAUUCUCCGCUUAGCACCAAUCGUAACUCAGGUUGCUCGGGACCAAGCAACUCUGAAGGAUAAACCUUUGGCGCCGAUCAAUCCUUUCCGUCAUUUGGAGGCCUUAUUCGAAGCGGCUACUUUGGCGCAGAUGGCGCUCGAGGACGAAAUCUUUAAGUACUUAUCGGAGGCCUUCUUCGAGUGCCUACAGACAUAUCUAAAGCCAAUACGGCGGUGGAUGGAGACAGGAGAGCUGGGAUCCGACCAGGAGGCAUUUUUUGUCAUGGAGAAUGAUGCCAAAAGCGAAACCUCCUCGUUAUGGCAUGACCACUACGAACUGCGCCGUGAUGGCCAGAACAAGCUACAGUUUCCUUCGUUUUUGCAACCGGCGGUAGGCAAGGUCUUCAACACUGGAAAGAGUAUUGUGUUCCUGAAAGAGCUAGGAAUCUAUGAUACAGGUCUUCACUCUGAGGUUCACGAGCCCAGUCUAGACCAUGAGAUGGUAUGCGGUACCUCAGACAACGCACCACUCUCACCCUUCCCAGAACUAUUCCGCAUGGCCUUUGAGUCAUGGAUUCGUAGCAAAUACUCAAUCGCUUCCACUGUACUCCGUCAACAUAUUUUCGAGACUGACGGCCUCAUGCACGUUCUCGGAGUCUUUGAGACACUGUACCUGGGUCGAAAUGGAUCUGUCUUCGAAGACUUUGCAACUGCAAUCUUCGAACGUAUGGACGCCGGCAGACGAGGAUGGAACGAUCGAUAUGUACUCACAGAGGUAACGCGAGGUAUAUACAGCACUAUCCUCUCCCCCUCUGAAGCCGACAAAAUCGUCGUCCGCUCCACCAAAGUAAACCAAAACCACGGCAAAUCCGUCAAAGACCUAGCCAUCAUAUCCGUAGACUACGCAAUACCCUGGUCCCUCCAAAACAUAACCCAACGCGCCUCCUUCCCAACCUACCACUCCCUUUGCACCCUCCUCCUCCAAAUCUACCGAGUAAAAUACCUCCUCCAACGCACCCGCCUCCGCGCCGCUCGAAAGCCCAACCUACCUCCCCUCCUCUACAAACUCCUCCACACCCUUACCUGGUUCACCGACACCCUCCGCUCCUACAUCACCGAAACCGCUAUCCACCUCACUACCCGCACGAUGCUCUCGUCCAUGCAAAAAGCACGCGAUAUCGACGAGAUGGCACGAAUUCAUGUCGAGUAUAUGGCAAAAUUACGUCAAAGGACCCUGCUGUCGAAAGACGUACAACCAAUUUUCACAGCGAUACUCGAUAUGUUGGAUUUGGGUGUGCUGCUUGCAAGGAAAGAAGGAAAGGAGUUGGAGAGAGUGGAGGCGGAAUUUAAGCGGUUGCUUCCGUUUAUCAGUGCGGGACUGAAGAGUGUGGGGAGGGCGGGGGCGGAGCCCAUGUGGGAGCAGUUGGCGGAUCGGUUGGAGUGGGACGGGAAGAAGGACCGGAGUUUAGUAUAG